AUGGCACCGUACAGCGCUGAGGAUGCGAAAGGUCUUCUUAAAGCCGCUAUCAGAGAUGAUAAUCCAGUGAAGCAGAAUUGCGGUGUCAUGCUGGAAGUUUAUCUAAAAAAGCGCAGUAAUGAAGGCGCAAAAAGCGUCAUAUCUAGUGUGAUUGAUGUGUUCAAGCUGCCCUUUGGUGCUAAGUGGCGUAUCGGUCUAAAAUGGCUAUUCACAUAA